CCCGUCCACAUGGUUCGCGAGCGCCUCCCGUCUAUCGUCUAGGCGGCGCCGCCCCUCGCUGUCCGGGCGGUGGCGGCGCUCCGGCGACCCCGCGGCCCCUCCCGCGCUUGGCUCCGGCGACCCCGCAUCCCCUCCCUCUCCUGCUACCCCGUCGAGCAGCAUGCGCGGCUCUGACCCCUGCCCGGCGGCGGGCAUGGCGAAGCACCGUCGUGGGUGUGGUCUACCUCCUCCCCUGAGCGCCAUCGCGGGCGAGCUCCGUCGCGCGCGGACGCGAGUGCAGCUGGUCCACCACCUGCGGGGGAGCUGGUCCUCCACGAUCGGCGCGCGCAGAUGCGAGUGCAGCGGCGUCGCCGUGCCCGGUGCUCCCAGCCGCUCGCGAGGAAACUACUGCGGACACAUCCGCGCUCAUGACCCAGCAUGUUUGACGAAACGCCAACGAGGAGGGACACGAGCUUCGAACUGCAUCGCCCAGAGGCCGGAGCAGCAGCAGACCAAGGACCAAAAUUUGAGUUUCUGAAGCUAUUUAUCGGGAAUUCUUGGAGAUGGCUUUCAUUUUUCCUCCCAAUAUCUUUUGGGGAGUUGCAAAACUACUACAUAAUUUGGGGAGUAACAAAUGACAAUGAGGUACUCUUGAAGAUGCUCUUAGAAUAUAAUAUGGAAAGACAUUAUUCGCUCCAAUUUAAUCUGUUUUCAUCCUGUAACCUAUAUGCAUUUUUAUUUAUUUAAAUAUCAUAUUUUCAGGGAAA